GCUGUAUGUAGGACUUGCGGAUUCUUUGGUACUGAUGUUCAUUUUAAUUAGCAAAAUGGCAAAUUUAUAAUUUGUGGUUAUAUGGCUUUUGAUUAAUUCUGUAAAAUUUAUACCACAUUUUAGUUUUAGUAUCUGAUAAAUGUUUAAUAUAUAUUAUAUUUCUUUGCUGUUUUCUCAAAUUGGUUUAGAAUUAAUGGUAUUAGUGAAAGCACAUUUUCAUUAACUUUCUUGCUUCUUUUGAUCAAAAUGUUUUUGGCACAAUCCUUGGUAGAAGUCAUUGCUGAAGUUUCUGAAGUAGACCCAUAGUGUUUCAUCUUUCAAAUUAUGCAUCUGAUUAUAGGGGCGUUUCUUUCUGUUUCUUCUAUUCUUUUUUUGUUUUUCCUUAUCACGUAUUAGGUCUGUUUUUUGAAUGUUGAAGAUUUUAACAGUGAAAGUAAUGUUUUGAAGAAGACAUCAAGUAAUUAGAGUUCUAUUGAAGAUGAUGUUAAUGGUAGUGAAGAUUGGAAGGAAGUUGGGUUUGAAUACAUAGAAGAUGUUCUCAAGUCUUGAAGAAUUUCAAGUCAUCUUAAAUCUGACACAUGCAAGAGAACCACGCGGUUUUGGUUUUGUUCAAUAUGUAGAUCCUGCUGAUGCUGCAGAUGCUAAACACCAUAUGGACGGCUGUGUUCUUCUCGGUCGGGAGUUGACUGUGGUAUUUGCUGAAGAAAACAGGAAGAAACCAUCUGAUAUGAGGGCCAGAGAAAGAGGAAGUGGGCGAUAUCAUGAUCGAAGAAGAUCCCCUCCACGUUCGCCUCGAUAUUCACGUUCCCCAGCUCAACGACGUGGGAGGUAUUCUCGUUCACCAGCACCACGCCAUGCAAGGUCUAGGUCCCGUAGCUAUGAUUAUGCAUCCCAACCACCAAAACAAAGGGCUUACUCAAGAUCACUUUCCCCUCGUGACAGACCAGACAGUCGAGAGAGGUCUUUCCCACGACAGGAGAGCCGUGGAAGGUCAUACUCCCGAUCUCCACGUCUCGAUGGUUCAAGGAGUAGGAGUCAAAGUCCAACACAACCUGGAAGUCGAAGUCCAAGCCCUGUAAGAGGACGAAGUCUAAGUAGGAGCAGGAGUAGGAGCAAAAGUGUUGGCCGGAGCCGGAGCCGAAGCCGUAGUCCCCGACGUAGCCCAAGACAUGAAGAAGAGUAUAGAAGUGAACCGAAUGGUGAUAGGAGCCCAAGUCAAUAGGCAAACAGUUUGAAACUUGGGAAGAACUACAAUGUACUAUUGCCAUUGUUUAGUUUGAUGUUUUCGUUAUAGACAUCAUUUCCUUAGUAUUGUUGGCUAGCGUUUGUUGUUCUUGGGAUUUUGUGCUUGAUCAAAAAUUGAUUGCCGAGUACUUUCAUUUUAAUGCUGUCUCUGGUGGUGCGAUUGACACUUCCCUAUAUAUUUUUUGAGCUCGUUUUUGAUAUAGUUUGCUUUUGUAUGCCACAUAUGUUACAACAUCGGGCCGGAGAUUUAAACUUCUGACCUCUAGAUAAAACAGACAGUUGUAGUUUCUCAAGUUUCAAGUGAUAUCUGAGUGGUUGGUCCUA